AGUGAAAGCAAAUGGUUUCCUGGUCAUUUUAAUCUUAGCAAACGUUUCUGAUCAAGGAUCAACUGCUCUGACUCGUGUGGUGUAACCUACAUUACAAGAAUCGAAGGGGAUCGAAGUCGUUAUGGCGCAGUGUGUGACUCGUGUCGAGCUUCAUGUGUCUUGCAGAGGGCUUCUUGAUAAAGAUACAGUUUCUAAAUCAGAUCCUCUGUGUGCGUUAUACAUACAGGAUGAGAAUGGAAAGUGGAUUGAAGUAAGUUACAAGUAUGAAGUUAGUCGAUAAGGGCAGCUUAAUGGCUCGUUACAGGUGCAUGUAGACCAGUACGUAAAAGUUUCUAUAACGUAUAAUUUAUAAACAAAGCACAGUACAGGGUCAAAAACAGUACAGCCCAAAAUACACCAUUUUACAGUUACAGGUCGAAACGAAGCUGGCGUUGACGACCUUGUUUUGAUACAACCCUUUCUGCUUUAUUAUGUAAAUCAUGUCGUUCUUAUGCUAACGCAGUAACGGGUUAUUUUAAGCGUAAUUUCCAUAACAAAAGGAAAGAGGUUUGUAUCAAAACAAGGUCAACCUCAGCCUCACGUUCACUCAAAGGCUGGAAUACUAAGUUCACAAAUGUAAAAUGGUCUACUUGAAACAAAUGAUAAAACUGCUAAUGCUUACUUGGUUUAAGGUUGAUAUUUAACUUUCACUUUUCAUCCUAAAGUUUGAAUGUUUUUGUGUUUAAUAUGUUAAGCGUAUUUUGUUAUACAUUUAUAUACUGAAAUACCAUUAAUUUGCAUGUUUUAUUGAUAGAAAAAUAAUUUCCUGUGAUGAACAAAGUCAUUAAGGUCUUCUUUGUUAACUCUAGAAACGAUUUAUUUUUAUUUGUUUUUUUUAUUAUAAAGAUCAUUGCAUGCUAUAGCAAUUAUGUGACUGACGCUAGGUAGAUAUACCCAUAUAAUAUGAAGCAGUAUAUGAGCUAUACAAGAGUUUGAGCGAGUUACAAGUACGUGCAUGAUACCUAAUUUAUUACUCCAGUUACAAACGAGGGGGAUUAUGUGUCAAAACACCUGUAACAUUGAAGUGCACUCAUGCAGGUGUUGUAGUUUUGUCACUUCCCCUUGACAACAAAUCAUUUAUUGUAAGACCAAAAUUCAAGCUUGGUGCAAAAUGCAAAACAGGGACUGCAAACUGGGGGUGAAAUGUAGACUGGGUUGAAACUGUACUCACAAUUGAGUUUAAGAGAGAGUGAGAGAAAAAAAUGAGAAUAUGCAAUUUACUCUUUAUAUUUUAUAUGUGCAACUAGAUCCUAUUAUUCUCUGGAGUUAAUGUGCAUGACUCGCAAACGUGAUCGUCAUCUUGACUUUUUCCGAGAGACAGUACUCUUCAGCUUAUGCCAAGAAGUUUGUCAUGCAGGUUAUACUGAUCAUUACCAUCUAGUACACAUAAAUUGGUAAAACACUACCAGGGUUAUGCUUAAUUAAAAAAUGACGACACAAAAUACUGUUCUAAAAGAGCAGCAACAAACAAGGGAGUAAAUUAUUGCAUGUAGCUUAAAGAGUAAAGGCAGCUGGCAAGGUGGUGCUAGGCAUUUUAGCCGUGAAAAAUUCACGUUGUCCUGCCAUCUUGCGCGAUCCCUCUUGCGCUGUUUGCUGCAUUGGGGCUCACAUCCCUCCCCUAGGCAAUGAAUAUGACUUUGUGUUUAAGGGAUUUUGCCUUGCAGAUGACACGCCGUAGACUACGCAGAAUUUUAACAUCUAUUCGCCAUAUAAAGCAUAAGGAAAUAUAAUUUUUUGGUGAUUUGUCUUUAUCUUGAGUAUCCUGAGGCUGCGACGGUAUCUGUUUCACACCUUAGCUUUUAAGUGUCUGGUAGCCCAAGUUUAAAAAUUAAUGGAACAUCAUCAGCUUUUAUAAUAAUUAUUGGGUUCAUCUUUAAGCCCAAGGACUAGGCUAUCGCUUUGUCCUUCGUCUUCAAAGUAGUCUUCAUUAAAAUGAGCGCUGCAAGGUCUAGUUGAAUUUGUAGAUUCGGCGAGUGUUUUUCACAGCAUUUGUCCAAAACCUCGUAUAUCGGAGAUCAUCGGGCCAGUUAUAGACUAAUUCUGUCCUUGCGAGUGAUAAAACAUUCUUCUUUCUACAUCAUUUCCGAUUUCUAGCUGUAGCGCAAAAUUUUAAUUGUGUGACGAACAACUUUCCUUGUUUUCAGGCAAAUGCAGACGAUUACUUGCCUUUUUUUAAUCAAAAUCAUCUAAUAAGUCCUUAAGCUAUCUUUCGUAAAAUUGCGGUUUGGGGUAUAGAGUAUCCCUUUAAACUUUUCUUUAUGAAUCUGACUGUAUAACUGUCAUUAUGGGAUGAAUAAUGAUGUACACUGUAUAUGUUACAGGUCAAAUUUGAUUUCAGGUUAAUUUUGAUUUAACCUAGUUUGAUUCUAGUUUGAGAAUCAACCUUAACUUGAAAUCAAAUUCGACCUGUAACAUAUAUACACUUCUAUCAAAGGGAGAAUUUGACACUAGAUCAGGCAUCACUCAUGAAACAUUAAUUUUAUGUCCCUAAAAUGAUCAAUAACUUUCAGCUUUGUCAGAACAGGUCCACCAAAUAUCUCUAUAGUGGUCAUUCAGUAGAGGUUUAAGUCUACAUUAACACUUAAAUGUCUGUCAACAAUGACUACCACUGAGUAUUAAGCUUGGAGGUAUUAUGAUUAGUGAUUUCUUGAUGUUAAGUUUCUAACAACUGUGAGCAGGUGUUUUAUUUUAUGGACUGUUUUUGGCUGUAUUUUUGGGCAUCCACAGGAACAGUAAUUAUGAUGUACAGUAACUUUAAUCCACCAUAUUUGUAUUGACUCAGUUUAAUAAUUAUUGUUGUUCAAAAUACGUAAUUCAUUGCAAUUGUAGCAUGAAAGAACAGAGAAGGUGAAGAAUAAUCUAAACCCAGAUUUUGCCAAAGGAAUUACCAUGGAUUAUUACUUUGAGAUGGUGCAAAAACUGAAGUUUGCAGUCUAUGAUGUUGAUAAUGAGACAAGCAGCCUGGGAGACGAUGACUUUCUUGGUGCUAUGGAGUGUACACUUGGUCAGGUGGGCUGUUUUAAUUAGUAUUUUCGGUUAAUUAUCCUGUUGUAAAGGAGCUCCACACGCACGAGCAGAGCCCCAUUUGCCAUAGCUAAGAAAAUUUGGUCAGCUAUCCAUCCAAGAAAUUUUGGUAGUCACUUGACUGCACGUCCACCUGUCCAUCCGUCCGUCCUCACCACAGGGAAACCAAUGUAAAGUGUCGCACUUUCUAGCUGAUGUGAGAGCCUGCAAACUGAUAAUGCACAUCCAUGUUGUGAUCAAUUGACAGCUGUCAAAACAGGGUUUCUGCUGACCAGUAUAACAUGACUGUAUCAUGGAAUCAGGUGUUGACCCAAUGAGAUUACGUGUUUUUUUAUGUUAUCUGUUGACAAGUUACCGGUUUUAAGCUGAUUGCAGGCUUAACUUCAAGUGGAUUUUGUUGUAAUGUUACAAGUUUAUUACAGUAGACUCCUGAUAACUCGAACCUUCAAGGGAAAUCAAAAAAAGUUCGAGUUAUCGGGAGCUCCAAGAAAAUAGCCGGGAGUAAGGAAAAAAACAGUUUUUACUGCAUAGUGAGCAAUUUAAUCUCAUUUAAUGGUCGUCAAUUGUCGAAAUGUCACGUGAAAAUUAAACCAUGUUUUGAGCCCUUAAAAGUCAGGAAAAAACAGUCUACUGGCUUCCGAAACAUUGAAUUUUGAAUUUCCAUUGACGUGUUGUAGGCAUAUAAUUAUAGUUUAUUAGUGGACGCUUAUGUUGUUUGUUACAAAUCUAGCGUGAAACAGCUUUACUUCUCAAAACAGUAAAACGCAUUCUCUAUUAAGGUAAUGUCAUGUUACGUUCUGAUUUAUGAUCUAAAUGUAUCUUUUGAGUCAUUGAGGGUAAAAUUAUAUAGAAAUGAUCUGAGGGAAAACAAAAACUACUUUGAGUUAGUGAGAGGUUCGAGUUAUCGAGGGUUUGAGUUACCAAGGGUAAAAUUACAGUAAAUGUAUGAUGGAAAUCCAGGGGAAAUCGAUUUUGGUUCAAGUUAGUGUGAGGUUCGAGUUAGCAAGGGUUCGAGUUAUCGGGAGUCAACUGUAUAUCUAGUUUUAGCUAUCGCUAAGUGCAAACGAGCAAAGAUUUUGCUCAUAAAUGUACCGCCGCGCUAUUCAAUUAUUUUUUGUAGAAAUGUCUUGAAUAACUUGCACGUCUUCUUGAGGCUGCUCCUUGGCAAUUAUUUUACUUUAUCACUGGGAUCCUUGCAAUUGUCUUUAGCCUUGGCUAAAUCUAUCUUAAUUUUUUCAACCCUCUUUUUUUACCACCACGGCAACCAUAUUAAACAACAACAAUAUAAUGAUGAGCUUGCAACAAAAAUCUAUGAAUGAAUCAUAAUACUCUUUUUCUAGCAGUCUGGUUAAAUAUUAACUGUCAUGAUAAUCCAUACCUCUAGGUUGUAUAGGUCUUGUACCUACCAGGGAAACAAAAACUAGUUUCUCUUGAACAGUUUGGACAUUAAAGAUCCCACAAACCAAAGCUUAUUAAAUAUUCUUUGUUCGAAUUUGAAAUUGAAUGAAAUGUAUUUCAUUUAUUAACAUAAGUUUUUUUCAAUUUUCAGAUAGUUUCAAAGAAAUCGUAUGCACAGACAUUAGCAAUCAAGGGACGACAAGUUGGUACAAUUACAGUAAGUUAUUAUUAUACAAAUCAAAUUAUAUGAAGCAUUAAUCUAUAUUUUGUUAAUUAACUACUAAAUAUGGUAAAUUAAGCCCUUGUCUAUCAAAAUAACUGUGAUAAAAGAGGCCUAUAAAAAGAUUUGGGAGCUUUCUUCGGAAAAUAAAGGUUUGAAACGAGCACAAGAUUGCAGUGUAGAAAUGACUGUAAAUAAACUGCCAUCUUGGGUCAAACAUGGGCUCAAAAAUUCGUCUGGUUACCAAGCAUGACCAUUCAGUUCAAAACCAUCGAUGCCAGAUGAUAUUUUUUGAAUGCAAAUUGAUUUGUUCAUCGUUUAGUGCCGGCUUUAGAAUAAUUAUGUUGAAGUCAUUGGAAACUGAUAACGAUGAAGAUGAGCAUCUACCUGUAAAGCCUAAUUAUAAGACACACCCCAAAAUUACAACAGACUUAGAGCUAUCAAGCAGACUUUCAUUAAAAAAAUGCUGUGACUUAUAAGCAAAAAAAUACGGUAAUUUAUUUUGCGUAAUAAUCUUAUUAUUUUUACAGUAAAAAAUAAUGACUAUUUUAUUUUAUAACUAUUUUAAUGGUCAGCAAUGGAAUACGUGUGAAAGAUGUUGCUCUCAAAUUUCACUGACAGGUACUCUGCCUGGCAGUCUUAUAAGAACUAAUUUUUUCGGAGGCUAAAUCAUCUCAGCGCAGUCUCCAAAAAGUUUUGGACUUAGUUUAAACAGAUCACAAGCUACAUAAUUUGUACACUAAUGAAUGGUAAAAGUGACAAGAGGUUUGGCUAAAGAUGAUUUACCAUCUUACCAAUCCUUGUUUUCUUUAAGGUAUAUGCUGAAGAAUUAAAAGGAGGAAAUGAAGUUGUUCAGUUGACAUUUAGAGCAACAAAUCUGGAUAAAAAGGUACAAAAGUGUUCAAUCAUGCUCUUUCAAUAGUUAGAGAUGAUCUGUAUGCAUGCGCAUUAUGUGCUUCUCAUUAUGUGUACAAUGUAUUCAUUGGAUCAUUGCAUAAACCAAAAAGUUUUAGUGUAGCUGUUGUGGUUCAAUUUUAUCCUUGGUUUAAAUUUUAUUCCUCCUUGUUUUCAACCCAUUAUCAUACAUUACCAUACCCUUAAACAAAGGGAAAUAAAAUUUAAACCAAGGAUAAAACUGAAUAGCACAACAUAGCCACCUUCCCCCAUUGUCACUUUUGUCCAAAUUGUAGUUAUUAUCUUCAUUUCAUGGAUCCUCUGUAUGCAAUUUACCAUUAUUUACGGGCUGUAAUCUGUUGCAUUAACCGCAGUGCCCAAUCAUAAUUAUCACAGUCAUGUUUCUCUUCUUUAAUAACCCAUUCACCCCUGGAAAUUUUGCCAAAAUCUUCUGCAGAUGCUAGUUGAGCCAUUUCCUAUAAAAAACUGUCUGGCUAAGAGGAGCCAAAAUUGCCGAAAACAUUGUUUACAAGUUGAGCACCAAAAAUGCUAGUUUUUUCUCGUAAUUCCAAGGCACAGCUACCAAAGUUUGGUAAUGUGCAGGAGGUAUUUUGCUGUACUGUAAUGUUUGGGUUUAAAAUUGACACUGAUCCCUCCACAUUUAUCUUUUGUUAGCCUGCAUGGAAGUCACUUCCAUUGGGAGAAGCACUAAGAGGCACAUGACAAAAAAAUUGGAGUUGAGGGAUGGGUGGGGAAGGAAAAGAAGCACCUGCUGUUGAGUGCAGACAUAUAGCCAAAAACUGUUUGUUAGCAAACAGGUCAAUCGUCCAUCAGUCAAAACCAUUAAUUCAUUGGUCUAAUAAUAAAAUGAGAAACCUGUUAAGGUUUUUCAUGAGGAAGUACAGUAAUUCACCUGAAACCGGAGUGAAGGGCUGCUAUUUACAUGUACAUGUAGGAGGCUUGCCUAUGAUAAGGAUGUAACUGGAAUUUCCAAUCCCCAUCUGAAUAAGGCCUGUAAUAUUAAGAGUGGUGGUCUCAACACCCUGCAAGCAGAGCCUCCUCUUUUCUUCUUCUUGAUCUAAGAGGCGAACUCCACAUCCUGUAAGAAGAGCCUAUUUUUUCUUCUUCUUCAUUGAGGAGGAGAUUAACCCCACACCCUCUAAGCAGAGCCUGCUUUUUCUUCUUCUUGAUCGUGGAGGAGAACCGCACACCCAGCAAGAAAAGCCUGCUUUUUCUUCUUCUUGAUCGAGGAGGAGAUCAACCCCACAUCCUGCAAGCAGAGCCUCCUCUUUUCUUCUUCUUGAUCGACGAGGUGAACCCCACACCCUGCAAGAAGAGCCUACUUUUUCUUCUUCUUGAUCAAGGAGGUGAACCCCACACCCUGCAAGAAGAGCCUACUUUUUCUUCUUCUUGAUCAAGGAGGUGAACCCCACAUCCUGCAAGAAGAGCCUGCUUUUUCUUCUUCUUGCUCAAGAAGGUGAACCCCACACCCUGCAAGAAGAGCCUGCUUUUUCUUCUUCUUGAUCGAGAAGGUGAACCCCACAUCCUGCAAGAAGAGUCUACUUUUUCUUCUUCUUGAUCGAGAAGGUGAACGCCACACCCUGCAAGAAGAGCCUGCUUUUUCUUCUUCUUGAUCAAGAAGGAGAAAUGGAAGCUAUGCCAAAGUAGUGUCAAUUGAGCAUUUAAAAUGUUUGCCAACCCCUGAUAAACUUACAAAAUGUAGUGAUAAUAAUUGUACAUGUAUUUUUUUCCUGAUCAAGAUCGAACGAACCCUUUUCCAUUGAGGGGGGAUUAAGUAUAUCUUAUAUAAAUCUUACCUUCUUGCUUUAUUUGUGGUCCCUGUUGUUUCAAGAUGCAUCUUUCUUUUAAUAACUAUAAGAGUUCAUCUCUUAAAAAAAGACCAAAACUUUUAGCUAGUGGUCGCUUCUUCUGGACAAGCCAACUAAUCACAGCCAAAAUGAUACACAAAGUCCCAACAAGGCACUAGCAUUUCCCACUGAAUCUCCACUUUAUUGAAUAAGGUAACAUUAAUUUCAUUUAAGAAUGAUUUUUCCCAAAACUGUGAGAUUGGGAGUCUUGUUAUAAGGCCUUGAGAAAAGAUAAAAAAUCGUGAGAGUUCGCAGGUCUGCUUUAAAGUUGCCAUAGCCUAAAUUUUCUCAAUUUUGAGCUUCCCUUUGAUUGAAAAUCUGCUGGUGAUAACAGAGCCUGCUAUACUGAGUUCACAGCGUUUAGGUCUAGGUUUGAAACUCUGUAUCCUAGCGACAUGUAGCACAUGCUCAACAAAGGUCUUACUCUCAAGGACGCCUAGUCAAGUAAGCUGCUGGUGGGGUGUGGUCCCCAGUUCCUUAGUAUCCAUAUCUACAGCAAAUUAAAGUGUACGCAGCCAGGAAGGCAUUUGAUAACAGCUAUGGCAUAGUGAACACCUGUAAUCAGACCUUCUCUUUUUUCCAUUUUUUUUUUUUAGGGGAAGCAGUCUUUUUUGGGGGAAGGGGGGAAGACUGAUAUUUGAGGACAGGCUAGAGAAAAAAGGAAGAAGGACCACCUGGUUCAAGUUUUGCAUGAAGAAUUCUGGUAGCAGGAAAAACUAGUCACAGGCUACCAAACGUUAGCCAGAGAAUUCUUCGUAGUAAACAGAGAAAUCUCCGAUGCCUAAUGAACACCCUGUCGGUUGCCUGAAACAAUCAUGGAAGCCUUUUUGUUUUUUGAAAGUUAAAGUCAGUUUUAUUGCCAUUCUGAGGCUGGCUAUUGAACAGUUUUGACAUUUUUCACAAAAUUUAGUUCCUUUUAUUUAUUUAUUUAUUUAUUUAUUUAAAAUUUGGGGGGAGGGGAGGGGGCACAUUGUUAAAUUUACAUAGUAUGAAAAAUACCUGUUCUGUAAAAUUAAUAAAGUGCUUAUUGAAAUAAAUAACAAUAAAGAGGUAGUUAGAUAAACUAAUUAUUACAUUAUAAUAUGUACAGACUUGUGUUGGAAUUGUUGCCUGCUGUAUCCCUUCAACCUUGUACUGAAGCCCCAUCAGGGAGGGUACAUGGGAAUUCUGCUGGACUCGGUUAACAUGUCCAAGGAUAUAAUCCCAGCCACACAGAUGAGUGAACCAUGCUCACCUUGGAGUAUAGGCAUUAGGCAUCCCCUUUGGCAUGAUGCCAUGUGCUUGGCCCUCCCUCAUCUGGUGGGUUAUCGUGUCAGUGGGUUCUGUCCGAGCCUUGCUGGUUUUUCCCUGCCCAAUUUCGCCCACCAAAACAUAGUGUGUUAUGUUAUUUUUUUGUCAGUGCCCCUUAAUGUUAACUACUAUAAUGUGUACUGAGUUUGUGUUUAUGACAUGAUAAUUAUUGCAGGACUUUCUUGGAAAAUCAGAUCCUUUUCUUCAAGUGUCAAAAGUUAAAGCUGAUGGUGGAACUUUGCUCGUUCAUCGAACUGAGGUAAACAUGAUCUACAUGUACUUGGACCCUCCUUAUUAUGGAAUGGGCUUUCUCCAUCAAAAAAAGACUUGUCCUACUCUCCCUUCAACAGGGCCGAUUUUUGCAGGGAAAGGGACGGGUCAUUUCAGUUCGUCUGGCGAACAGAUUAGAAGUUGAUAUAAAAUAAACAGUAAAUUAUUUCGUGGAGUUAUUGGCCCUAUAUCUCUGCCAAAUGAUUAUCUAAAUGCAUCAUUCAAUGAUGUUAUAAUCCUGUGGGAGAGCUACGGGAACAACGUUCCCCACGGGCAAAGCCUCAACUUGUUGCAAUUCACUCUCUGUGUGUGAUAAGUCUUUUGUUUCAGUAAAGGAAUAUGCUAUUUGUAGACCGCCCCGUCUACUAGAAGCAUAUUCACUCGCCAUGGAUAUUUAUAUCGAAGAGCUUUAAAUGCAAUAUCUGACAGAAGUAGAACUGAAACUUAAUUUGCUUUGCGAGUUUUAAGAAACAGGAAUUUAUUGUUAUUUUAUAGUAUUUAAAACACCAAAGCUGACCCAGUGUCGCAUUUUAUAAGCGUAGAACGACUAUAAUUUUUGGAAUUACUGGUACAUCAAAUGACACCUUGCACCUAUCCUGUAGUCAUGGUGACCGUUGGGGUGCCACAGACAUAGCAACCCUCUCCCUCCAUUUGAUUUUGUUUUCAGCUUCUCUUAUACACUCAAGCUGGAAAAAGUGUAAUUAUAAUCUAUACUUCUCAAAGUAUUAAACUACUGCAUCAGACAGUCAGUAGUUUUCAGCCCAAUGAACCGCCACUAUGGGAGUCUUGUCUUUAGGGAUACUGAGGCUAAAAUUUCCCAAAUUUUAGCAAUAUUUUAGAAUAAACCCGAUGCUGAGAUUUCGAAAAGAAUGUGUGUAUUAUUUUGUGUUGGUAAUGUGUAAUAUGAUACAAAUAAACCCACAUUAUGUUUUUCAACCAACUUUUCUUGAUAAAAUUCCUUUUUUCUCCAAAUGGCAGCCUAGGUAAUGAUUAUUAUUAUCAUUAUUAUUGUUAUUAUUAUUAUAUUAUUAUUAUAAGAAUUAUUAUUAUUAUAUGCUUAUUAUUUUGUAGGUUGUUAAAAACAAUCUCAGUCCAUCUUGGAAAUCAUUCACCAUUCCACUUCAUACACUUUGCAGUGGAGAUUAUGAUGCAACAAUACGGGUAAGGGGGGCUGAGUGAAAGGCAAGUUUUUGGUUUGGCCUUUCACAUUGAACGUAUUGUUAUUUUUUUAUUAUAUUUUGAAUAAUAUUUCAUGCAAUUGUUUAUCGCACUUAAACAUAGAAUGGCCAUGAACACUAACUAUUUAAAACACUUGAAAUAACUGAAUAUUCAGUUCCAGUAAUUCAAAAUAGUACAAAUGAUUAUUACAUGCAUGUAUGCACUUGUUUAUUAUUAUUAAAAAUAAUUUUAAAUGUGUUUAUCACAAAUUAGUCAUUUUCAAGAAGAUUACCCACGACAAACUUCCUACAUGUAAAUUAUAGAACAAUAAUCGGCAAAUGAACACUCAAAGCAAUCUAACUCACUAUUCUUUUGUCUAAUUUUUGCCGUUACAAGUGUGGCUGCUAUGACUGGGAUGAAGGUGACAAUGAUGAUUUAAUUGGCUGUGUGGAUGUAACACUUCGGCAGCUGAUUGAUACAAAAGAUUCUGGGGUAUGUACUUUUUUACUGAUGAUAUUUUCUGGUCAUUUUCGCAUGUUCAACAUCAUGACAGAUUGAUUGCUUUGAUUAUGAUGACGAUGGGACCCACGACUUUAUUGGGGGAACCAAUGCCACUCUUCGGCAAUUGCUAGAGACCAAACAGACUGGGGUAAGAUCAGUGACUAGAGUGAUGAUCAGUGUAUUCCCUUUCAGUUUGACCGGUGGUGUGACCCAGAUUUUUUGUAGGCACAUCUCUCAUUUUUGAACAUCUUGUACUUAUACUUAAACAGCUUGAUCUCCAUUGUAAAUCAGUUGUAACACGUGGAUUCCAAGUAGCUGAACAUCAAGUAUAUUAUAACUUUAUUCUUUUAGGCGAACGGAAUGAAUAUCACGUGACAAUGAGGUCAGUCAAAUUUCAGCUCCGCAUUUUCUAUAGAAAUGCUUCUGCUCUUUGAAGUUUCACAAAAAUCUACCAGAGGAAUUUUGAGAUAUCUUGGAAUUUCUGCAAAAAAGUUUGUAUAAUCUACGCGUGAACUUAAGACUUGACUUAUGGCGGACAAAUUAUUUAUUCAUUACGCAAAGAUCGAUUAUUAAUUCUCCAAACCGCUGGAAGCAAGUAGACUUGCGCGAUCUCGAAAAAUUUGAAUCAGGGUAAAAGAAAAUGCUGAGCUCUUUUUACAAAUAGUGAGGGUAUACUUUUACUUUUAUGUGAACAGCGAUUUAAUCCAAAUUCGUGAAGAUAGUUUUCCUGCAAAAAUGUUCAGAGCUGCAAUUGGUUAGUAUACUAUGCUGUCCCUGAAUUCGUUGUUCAUUGAGAACUUUUAAAGUUGUCUAACGUUCGCGCAAAAUUGAGGGAAUAUUGAAGCGAUGUCAAAGAUCUGGAUAAUUUUGUGUUCUUGGGUUUCCUCUUGCCCCGAGCAUAGCACAUGUGUACGUGGAACUUCCAUGCACGACGCGUGAAUUUACCCGAACUCGCUUUGGGUUAGCACUCAAAAUAUACGUAGCGCACUGAAAGCGCUUACAAAGGAAAUGCGAAGGAAGGCUGAAAUUCGAUUUGGAGCUAAAACAAUUGUGACGUCAUUGUCGUGUGAUAUUCUUUGCGAUCGCCAAACAAUUCUAUCAUACAUGCACAUGUAUCAGUCUAUGUGUUCAGUCAAUUUAUGUGUUACAUUGGAUUUACAAUAAAGAUCAAGCUGUUUAAGCACAAGAGGUUCAAAGAUGAAAAGUUUGCUAACAAAAAUACUGAGCUGAGCCGACUUAAAAUCUUUCAAAUUAUAGGAAACCUUCAAUAUUUUGUCUUACAUAUUUUACUCUGAGCUCCCAACUUCUGUAGAUAUACGUUAGAACCACCUAAAAUCUAAAGUUUUAUUAAUGGUACAGUGUCACUAUAUAGGAUCUUAUCUACUGCACGGACUGUUUGCUCUGAUUUUGAUUAUUCGUAACUUUCAAAGCUCUCAUUAACUGAUGGUUCAUUGUACUGAUUCAUUUGUUACUUCUUUGACUUUAUUAGUCCUCUCUUUGUUUUCAAUGAUAAGUAUUUGUAAAAAUUGUAUUCCAGAAAGGUCUUGACCUUGUUAAUCCUAAAAAGAAGCAAAAGAAGAAGGGAUAUGUCAACUCUGGAGUACUAUAUGUCAGUCAGUGUAACGUAAGUCAGUUGAUAUACAUCCCUUCAGUUUCUUAAGUAGACUUUCCUACAAGUCGAGCUCAAUUUUUUUCACGAGCGCGUCGCUUCGCGCGGUAGAUUUUUCAUGUUUUCUCUGGCAAAAGCGAGCGAGAGAGCGGGAGCUCGACUUGUUUCCCCGCCAAAAGCUGCAUCAUCUGCGUCAUUUUGGCGCGAACUAUUUGCGUCCCUGUCGCGUGUGUCGUAGCCUGCGUAGCAAGCGUUUCCAAUCGAGUUAUUGCGCCAAAGUUAGAGUCCCGACGUUCUCGACGAACUCGCGCGGAAACGCUUGCUACGCAGGCUACGUGUGUCGUCGCGUGCGUGUGUCAUCCCGAGCUGUCAAAGUAUGUCAAAGCAAGUCCGAACCAUGAAUCGCCGAUGGGACGUUUCUUUACAGUAACUUAAUGGAUUUUGACCAAUUUACCGUAGAUUCAAGAGAGGUUAACACAGAAAAUAACCAAAAAAGAUAAACGUUUUUUCUCGUUUUUCACUUUACACUGGGCCCAACAACCGGAACCGGAAGUGAGAAGCGAGACAAACCGCCAUUAUUUUUAGCCCUUUUAAUGAUUUUUUGAGAUGUGUUUUUGCGACAAAGUUUUUGAGCAAGUACAAACUCUUCAAGAAAGUGUAAGGUGCAUUAAUUGACGAUUUUGCAACCUUUGCUUUUUUAAUACAACUACCAGUUACAUCAGAAAACAAUUUUUAAUAAAGGUUCAGCCCUUGAUAAGGCGUUUUUUUACGCUGCUCCAAAAAAGAAACAAUCGCCUAAUAACCUAAUUGCAGGUUAUAAAAAGCUGACUUGUCAAUAAUCUCCUUUUUGUUACUCUGUAGGUUACCAAGGUGCAUACAUUCUUGGAUUAUAUUAUGGGUGGAUGUCAGAUCAACUUCACGGUAGGAAUGUAUUCUUCUUAAUGUUUACAAUGUUAUGACUAUUUUAUGGCUGGGAAACAAACAGCCUAACAGAAUGACUUAUGUCUUUCCCAAAACGCGAGGAAGAUAUUUUCCCUAAAUGGAGCCGUGACAGAAAAUUUAGCCUAAUUUAGCUAUUAAGAAGUGGCAAUCAAUCUGAUUGAAAUAUAAAAUAACCGCUUAAAAAAGAGAAGCAAUGUUGAAACAAUAUAGCAAUCACAUAAAGAGGCACUGAUGGGCAAAAUUGAAGAGGAUUAAAGUGGAUUAAAAUUAAGGUUUUAGCAAACUGUUUAGCCUAACAGUUUUUGAAAGUUUACAAUAAUAUUAUGGUUCUACGUUUUUUUAACUUUGUAAAUCAGUAUAUUGCUUGGAGCACUUUGCUUGUAACGUACGACUAAUUUUAAAAAUUAGCUUAUGUUUCGUGGUAAGUAAUUGGCAAACUAAGCUGAAUCGACUAACUGCAGUCUGUUGAGAGGUUGCCUUGAGUGGCUGCCAAGCAUUCACAUCAUAAAGUUUAUUCACGCAACCGACUUGAUUAUAAUAAAUAAAUAAAUAAAUAAAUAACGAUGUGGAGGUAGCACAUCCACAAAGUGGUUCUUCGUCUACCUGAUUCCUGGUCGAAUUGGAAUUUGGAAAUGCUGGGUUUUUGAGGAGAUGGGAAAACCGGAGUACCCGGAGAAAAACCUCUCGGAGCGAAGGAGAGAACCAACAACAAACUCAACCCACAUAUGGCGUCGACGCCGGGAUAUGAACUCGAGCCACACUGGUGGGAGGCGAGUGCUCUCACUACUGCGCCAUCCCUUUCUCCCCCGAGUAUAGGAAAAUAAGUGUCACAAGAACUCAACUACUGUCACUACAACAACAACUCCCGACGAAGACUUGACAAACUUACGCAAUUUGAUUGCAUUAAAAAAAACACUCUUUUCAACGUUGAAGUACAUUUAUUUUUUUAAAAAACGUUUUAACGAAAAUUCGUUGAAGUCAUAAGGGAGCUUUAGCAAAGACGACGGCGACGGGAACGAGGACGUCACAAAAGCAAUAGGUUUGUUAAGCAAAACAACAACUUUGCUCGUGCAUAACGCUUUUUUGUACAUUUCUUUGCCGUCACUGCACGACUACAACUUGAAAAUGACUACUUUCACGUUUUAUGGAGGACGUAAACAAGAGACGACGUAUUUUUCGUAGGGCCUGUGUACAUGGAGGUGGGGGACCGGGCCAGAUAGGUGAGGUAACAUGUGGCGGGUCACCCCACCCAGCAUGUAAACAUGAUUAAAUUAAAGUGAGAGAUUAUGUGGACAGGCGGGUUACCUGACCUACCUGGGGUCGCCCACCUCCAUGUAAACAGGCCUUUACUCUCUGAGUUCUAAACUAAGCGGUCCCCAAGAAAUCAACUCCAAGGAAAUUCGCCUACAAUUGACAUUUUCAGCGAAUUGGAGUAAAUGCGACAAAGGUACAAAAAUCGCGAAUUCAUUUUAAAAGUGACGUUUCCCCUUCCCUCGUCGAUGCUAAAGCUCCCUAUUUUCUAAGUAUCGUGGCUUAAAACAAUUGGCUCCAUGUAAACGUUUGGGCGAAGAGAAAGAUGUUUUUGCAAUCAGUGACGCAGACGACUCGGAAGAAAAUAUCCGAGUACUGCCGAUAGGAGUCGAACGGCAUUUAAACUUCUGAUGACUAGUCCAAAUCUGCUACUGAGUGAGUUACAGAUGUUUCAUCCACAAACUGACUGAAACAAUAGAGCUCUUGCAUUGAAACAGUUUUUAAAUAAACUCUUUUUUUAUGAUUUAGGUUGGUAUAGACUUUACGGCAUCAAAUGGAGAUCCAAGUCAUCCUCAAUCGUUACAUUAUAUCAACCCUUCUGAACCAAAUGAAUACGUAAAAGCACUGGUGGCUGUAGGAGAAGUCUGUCAGGAUUAUGAUACGUACGUUAGCGCCGUGAUUUAAGGCUAAUGUGUCACGCGGAGGUUAUUGCUACUUGAAAUCAAUAGGACGUACGCCUUUGUACUACGAAGACCAGGAUUCAUUUCGUGUUGUUGUUGUUGUUGUUGUUUUUUUGUCGUUUUUUUUUUUUUUUAAACCCGGGCGGGGAAGAAAACGUGGGAAGUGGAAUUAGGUGAGGGUAAAAUGGGCAAGUGGAAAAUGAAAACUAGCUUCUACGGUAUUCUAAGUGCCUUGUUGCCUUCAGACUCACGUUUGCCAUCGCUCUUCUUAGAAAGCAGCUUAGUUAGCUUUACAGGCUCUCAGCUGACCAUUUCCUGUAGAACAUGUAUUAUGGAGCUUAAACAACGGCGAAGGCGACGAAAAUGUCACUUAAAAGGUGAAUUCCUGUUGCCUCAACUUUAUCGCGCUUAUUUCAUCUCGUUUAAUUUGUGGGCAAACUUUUUGGGGGUUAAAUGCUGAAAGACUUCGUCAAAGUUCGGGAAAAGAAAACGGUAGUUGUCUUGUGUUCCCGUCCUCGACAAAACGUGAAUUUAGGCACUUUUACGAUGUGGUCGUGCAGUGACGGCUAAGAAAUGUACAAAACAGCGUGAUGCACGUGCAAAGUUGUUGUUUUGCUAAUCUUAACCUAUUGCCUUUUUGCCGUUCCCGUUGCUGUUGCCGUCGUCGUUGUUUAAGCUCGCUAUUCUUAAUGAUAAGACCAACCUCCCCACUUUCUCGUACAUUUUCUUUUAUUUUGUUUGAAAUAUUUACACCGUACAACCUGGCUAUGACUUUUAUUUCUCGUAAACUCUGGUAGUUUUAAUUGAAAGCUGGAGGCAUUUAUUUAUCAACCUUGAUCCAUAUGUAUUUCUUUUGCGGAAUGGAGACUUUUUCUUUGUGUACGUUCUGACUGUAAAUCGUCAUUACACAUGUGGUGGUUCAACAUGAAUUAAAUUAUAAUUAUGAUAAUUAAUUAUAAGUUUCAAUAGUUUGCUUGGACAACAACUUAUAAUUAUUUAUGUGACGUAGAUGUAGUAUGCCCAACACUGUUCUUUUUCUUUCUGUGUUAGUGACAAGUUCUUUCCAGCAUUGGGAUUUGGUGCACUAAUACCUCCAGGAAUGAAUGUUUCCCACGAGUUUCCAUUGAACUUCAACUUUGCUAAUCCAUACUGCAAUGGUAAUCUAUAAUACGUGCCAGCAUAAUACUUUAUUAUAUGUAGACAACCCAACUUAUUUUGCUCCCAAAACUGACCAGAGUCAAAAUUCGAAAAAGUUUCCAAAUUCUGAAAAACGAAUAGCACCAUUUGAAACUAGAAAUAACGGGAAAACGGUUCCAUUUGAAUGAUCACAACGUAGGAUGUUUUCCAUGUUGUGGUUUAAUUUUAUCCUUGUUUUAAAUUGUAUUUUCCUUUGUUUCAAACUCAUCAGUAUAUACAUUACCAUACCCCAAAACAAAGGAAAAUAAAAUUUAAAGCAAGGAUAAAAUUGAGCCACAACAUUAAUAAGCUCAACGCACAAUUCCUCUGCUCUCUAAGAUCUUCUACCAGUUGAUCACCUGAGGUAUUAAAUUUUUGUUUUUUCUUGUGCAGGAAUAUCGGAGAUUGUAUUAGCAUACCAAAAUUGUAUUCGUCAGGUGCACCUUUAUGGCCCAACCAAUGUGGCGCCUAUCAUAAAUCACGUGAUCCGAUUUGCCGAGCAAGCGGCCAAGGAGAGCACAGCAUCGGUAAGUGGCGUUCAAGGAAACCUUUAUUAACAGAUCAAGUAAUUUUUAACUAAUGUCGUACGCGGCAGGAUUAGCUCAGUCGGUAGAGCGCUUGACUGCAGAGAGGGAGGUCACGGGUUCGAUUCCCGGGGCCAAACCAUUACUCACCUGGGUCUUACAAUAACUGAGAAAUGAAGGUACUUCCUUUGCACUGCAACUGCGGCUGGCCCUUAGCGUGGCUCGGAUGACCACGUAAAAUGGCGGUCCCGUCUACAGUAAGGGACGUAAAAAUAGUGUCCCCAAUUAGUUCUUUCGUGUUAAAUACAUUGACACUCAAAUAAAGCUCAUUUUGUAAUGAAGUAACAAAAUGUAAUUAAUCAAUUAUUAAUCUUGUCCGUCAAAAAAUGAAUCUCUUGCUAUUACAUGUUAACUGACUUUUUUGCAUCCUGCGACGGAAAAACGUACAUUUAAAACAAAUAUAUGAAAUAACAAAUCAUCCCUUUUCAUAAAAAUGAGGAUUUGUCUCUGUUACUCCUUUAUAGCCAUUCAGUAAUAUUCUAACCAAAAUUGAAGAAUUAUGGAAGAUUUUCCUCGAUGACGCGUGACGUGACACCAUGCUACUCAAAAUUGCUCUUCUACUGUCACCGAGAAUGGCUUAUCUCGAUUUGACUGAA